CAAUUUGGAAGGUCGGCCAAAUUGGAUCCCACGCCACCGGCCAUUAACACAGACAAAAUCUCAGAAGCCCACCGCAUUAACCGAAAGGAGAAGACCCUAGUCAACCACCUUCUCAGCUUUUUGCUCGUCCAAAGGGAAAAAUUGCUCGACUUUCCAGCCUUUCUGUCACGACGGCUUUCUGGCUCAGGUAGCGUGAAUUCGCUGGUAUUGCAUGCUUGUUCAAGAGUGAACCUUCUUCUGAGCUAGGAUGCAGCUAUACCACCAUGCUUUCUCCAUGGAUAGCCAGAAAGUUCGACUGGCAUUGGAAGAGAAGGGCAUCGACUACACUUCAAACCAUGUUAACCCCAUAACUGCCAAGAAUCUAGACGCAUCGUUUUUCAGGAUGAAUCCAAGUGCAAGGCUCCCCGUCUUCCAAAAUGGAACCCACAUCAUCUUCGACACCAUCGAGAUAGUCCAGUACAUAGAAAGAAUUGCAUUUGUCUCGACAGGCGCCAACGACAUGGCAUUCAGCAACAUGGAAGUCAUUAAUUGGAUGAAGAAGAUACAACAAUGGAACCCCAAGUUCUUCACGCUUUCCCGCAUCCCAGAGAAGUACCGCCUUCCAGUCUCCAAAUUCACAAGGCGGGUUCUGAUAGCUCGGAUGGCUGAAUCUCCUGAUCUAGCCAGUGCAUACCACAGGAAGCUGAAAGAGACAUACGAGACUGAAGAGAAGCUGAAAACCCCUGAGGUUGUAAAGCGCAGCAGAGAGCAACUAAUUAGACUUCUGGAUGAAGUGGAGUCCAAGCUAGGGGAAACAGCUUACUUAGCUGGGGAAGAGUUCUCGUUGGCUGACGUGAUGCUGAUCCCUGUACUUGCUCGGUUGGUGCUGUUGAAUUUGGGAGAUGAGUACAUUGGAACGAGGCCAAACGUGGCCGAGUACUGGGAAUUGGUGAAGCAGAGACCGAGUUACAGGAAGGUGAUUGGGAAGUACUUUGAUGGAUGGAGAAGAUAUAAGACAUUGAUGAAGACAUGGUGUUUCGUUAGGUUCAGAAGUCAGUUCAAGGUAUACUGAACUACUGCAGAAGUGUGUAUAUAUAUAGAGUUGCAGGUUGCUGUUGUGGUUUAUGACUUUAUGUAGAUGGGAGACAUUUGUGUAGAUUAAAGAGAAGAGGGGAAAGAGUUUCCAGGAAUAAUGUGUAGUAAUAAUAAUUUUUUUGAUAAUGGUGAGAAUAGCAUUAAAUUAAAAGUAUAAUUACAAUAUAAUGACUCUAAGUACGACAUGUCAUUUCAC